AUGACGUCUUCCCUCGAGCUCUCCCUCGAGACCAAAGAGGAUAAUCACAUCUCCCGCAAGAUCCUCUUCAGCGCGGUGGGUGAGUCUCUCUGCGGGAAGCAUCGCUAUUUCGACGAAUGGGUCUCUGGCUACUUUUCAUGGGGGAGCGAUUCUUUGGUGCUCUCGGGGCUGCUGUCUCUCCGUCAACAUUGGGUCGAAGACGGGCCUUUGUAUAGAGAUAAGGCCGUCGUGAUUCAUGCCACAGUUCAAUCGCCCCCAGGACCGAGCAUAUACUCGCAACAGACGCUCGGGGUUUUGACGGAUACAAUUGCAGGAGGCGAAGUGGUGAAUCACGCGUUCGAGGCGUAUUACCUAUCUUCUGACACGUUGGUGAAGCAAACUUUCGCGGUCCGCAUGGACGCGCUGCACGCCGAAUGUCCGGCGCUCGAAGAUUGGUGCGUGAAUAGGAACACGUUGCUUGAUUUGUUGGAGGACCCGGACGAAACAGAGCCCAAUGAACUGCUCAGCAUGCUCAAGGAUAACCUGGGUGAGGACAGCGAUUGGGAGGAUGGAGUGAACAACAGACUUCGAAGCGGAGAAGAAGAGGAUGAGGAAGGGGAAGAGGAUGUACGUAUGGCCGACGACGGAACUCCUACUCCCUCAAGAGGUCUGAGCGUAUCAGAACAGUUGGACUACGCUUAUGCCCACAAUGCAGCAGACAGGCCCCGUACGCCGAUUCUGGCCAGAGGCGCCAUCGACAUCCUGCGAACGCCAGUGAAGAUGGAAGACGAUAUGCUCGAGGCAUUCUAA